CACCGGGAGCCCCGCUGCCCAUUCCUGGACCUUGGAGGGGGGUCGUGAGCUGCCGGGGCGGAGAAGGGGGUGUCCGGAGGGGGAGGGGGCGGGGCCGGGCGGGGUUAUGUAAGGCGGCGAUCACCGGGCCCGGGGCGCGGCGCGAUGGGAGCAGCCAGCAGCGGCCCGGGCCCGGCCCCGGUGCGACCCCCCCAGGUGCGUGCGGUGGCCCCGGGGGUUCCCCUAAUUUCCCCUUCCCCAUCCCCGGGGUGUUCUUCCUCCCCCCCCACGUUGACGGCCACCCCCGGGUCCGUAGGGCCGCGCUGUGGGGCCGUGGGUCCGGGCGCUGCUGCGCCGAGCCGGGACGGGACCGGCACCGGCACCGGGACGGGGACCGGGUCCGGUACCGGGGCUCGCCCUGGCCACCGAGGAGCCGCCGCUGCCCGCUUGGCCGCUGCCGCAGCUCGUCUCGCUCUUCCUGCCGGAGUUCCCCGUUCGCCCCUCCGGCCGCCAGCAGCAGCUCAAGAUCCUGGGCUUGGUGGCCAAAGGCUCCUUCGGGACCAUCCUGAAAGUGCUGGACUGCGGGCGGGAGAAGGUCUGCGCCGUCAAGGUGAUGCCCAAAGUGGAGGUGCUGCGCCGCGACACCCUGAAGCAGUGCAAGGAAGAAGUCAGCAUCCAGAGACAGGUCAGGCACCCGUUUGUCCACGGCCUGGGGGACAGCUGGCAGGGCCAGCGCCACCUCUUCAUCAUGUGCACCUACUGCAGCACCGGGGACCUGCACGCGCUGUGGCGCGCCGCCGGGCGCUUCGCCGAGGCCACCGUCCGCCUGUUUGCUGCCGAGCUGGUGCUGGUGCUGGUGUAUCUCCACGACCUGGGCAUCGUGCACAGAGAUGUGAAGCGCUUGGUUUGUUUCAGAUGGAGAACAUCCUCCUGGAUGAGAGAGGGCACCUCAAACUCGCCGACUUCGGCCUCUCCCGGCACCUGCGGUGGGGCGAGCGGGCCCACACCAUCUGCGGCACCCUGCAGUACAUGGCCCCAGAGGUGCUGAGCGGGGGUCCCUACAGCCACGCGGCCGACUGGUGGUCCCUGGGAGUCCUGCUCUUCGCCCUGGCCAGCGGGGAGUUCCCAGUGGCACCGGCGGGGGACCACGUGGCCAUGCUGGAGCGCGUCAAGCAGAGCAGCUACAGCAGCCCCCCUGCGCUCAGCCCCGCGCUGGCCCGGCUGCUGGCCGAGCUGCUGUGCCACAACCCCCUGCGCCGCCUGCGCUACCUCCACCACUUCCAGGACCACCCUUUCUUCCGGGGGGUGACCUUCGACGCCGACCUCCUGCAGAAGGACCCAGUGGCGGUGGCUGUGGCCCCGCGCCCCCCCGCGCCCCCUCCUCCCUCCCCCGACCCCUCCACCUUUGAUGAUUUUGACUGCGACCUCACCGCCACGGCCCCCCCAGACCGCCCCUGGCCCGGCUGAGCCGCUGCCACCACCGGACCCCUCGCAUCGCUCAGGGACCCCCCCCCAAAAUCCCCCCCCCAGGCAGCGGCUGGGCCCCCAGCGCUGUGCGUCUCCCCACGGGACUGUUAUAAAUGAAGUCUCAACUCAACCUGAAUUUAGGAAUAUUUAUAAAGGGAAUAUUUAUAAAAGGUAUAAAAGGCAAGGAACCAGCGCUGGGCGUGCGGGGAGUCUGCGCUCCACCAACAGGCACACACAAACAUCAAACAUUCAUUCCUUCUUUCUGCUCCUUUAUUGAUGACAUACCUUCAUCAUGUUGACUUUUUUUUCUUUCUCUCUCUUUUUUUAUUUUAUUUUAUUUUAUUUUAUUUUAUUUUAUUUUAUUUUAUCCUGAGGGCAGCCUCCCCUCUUACACCCUUCACCCCACAGCAGUCCUUUUCAAACCAACUUUUCAUUGGUCAAACUUCAAAAAUAACAACAGCAAACACCCAGCAACAUCCAUGCCUUAAAGGCUGGAGCACAAGCAACCCGAGCCUGUAGGGAGCCUCCUGAACCACCCUUCUGGGUUCCCUCUAAGCUCUUUCACAUUCCUGAUGGCCUCAUUGUUAAGAGUCUCAUGCUACCAUCAACCAUGGCCACACUCCCACCUCUUUAUUAAUAUAUUUUUAUCAAUAAAUUAUUUAUUAAUAAAUU